AUGUCAACGACGGUAUCAUCAGAGGCGUGUCUGUUACAAGGUAGACUUGGAGAGUGGGUGAGAGAAAGUUCUCAGAGCAAUAACAACAAAUUUAAUGACCAUGGUGUGCUUAGGAACAAACUUUGCUCAAUAGAAGCAGGACACAUUAUAAGCAAUGAUGUACUGCACCUUGCAUAUGAUGGUUCAGUCAGUGAAAAUGACUGCAUCAUUGAACAUGGCGUCUCCAAUUCAAAAAUAAAUUCUAAUGGAAGCUAUGAUAAACUCGUAAGCCCAGUCAAAGGGGAAACAUCUAAUUCGGGCUAUCAAUUUCCACUUGCAACCAGUUGUCAAGCGAAAUUGAGUUUCUUGGUGUUGGGUAAUAAUGAUACUGAUAUCUUGAAAAACCAAGCUGAUAGCGAUGAAAACAAGGCCACUGGAUAUGGUAAAUCGAGUUCAAAUGUAGGGACUAAUGUGUCAGACACCUCUAACACAGUUGUAG